AUGUGGUUUUUCGCUAUUGUUGGUAUACUCAAAGUGCUCAUCAUUUUCAUCUAUUUAAUCCCACUAUGCAAAGUGAAAAAGAAGGAUGAGAAGGCCGAAGCUAAAGAUGAAGCGAAAGCAGAUGAAAAAGCAGAUGCGAAAGCAGAUGAAAAAGCAAGUGGACAUGGAUCAAAGAAAUCACAAAAAGGUACAGCAUCACCUGAACCGGGCGAGCCAAACUUAAAAAGUAAGAAGGAUAAGGAGGAGGAAGAGAAGGGGAAAAAGAAGAAGAAGGAGAAGGAAGACAAGGAAAAGGAGGAGGACAAGGAGGAGAAAAAGGAGAAGGAGGGCAAGGAUGAGAAGGAGAAGGAAGGCAAAGAGGAGAAGAAGGAGGAAAAGGAAGAGAAAGAGGCCAAGGCUAAGGAAAAAGACAAGGAAGGGGAGAAAGAAGAGGCAAAAGAAUCAGACAAAAAGAAGGGCGAAGAGGAAAAGAAGGAGGCAGAGGGCGAGAAGAAGGAAGCGAAAGAGGAGGGCGAGUCGGACAAGAAGGAAUCUAAGAAGGAUAAAAAGGAAUCUAAGAAGGAGAAGGAAAGCGGAUCAGAAAAGAAGAAAAGCGGGAAGGUUAAGAAGAAAAAGAAAGAAGAAAAGGUGGGAGAAGAGGCGAAAAAAGAAGAGAAAGAAAAGAAGGAAGAGGAAAAGAAGGAGGAAGAAAAGAAAGAAGAAAAGAAGGAAGAGGAAGGAAAGAAGGAGGAAGGAAAGAAGGAGGAAGGAAAGAAGGAGGAAGAAAAGAAGGAGGAAGGAAAGAAGGAGGAAGGAAAAGAAGAGGGGAAGAAGGAAGGGGAGGAAGGAAAGAAGGAAGGGGAGGAAGGAAAGAAAGAAGAGGAGGGGAAGAAGGAAGAAGUGGUAAAGAAGGAGGAAGAGGGUGAAAAGAAGGAAGGGGAAAAGGAGUCGCCGAAAAAGGAGGGCGAAGUCGUAGCUGCUGAAGCGGAGAAGAAAGCCUCAGCAGAAGGAUCGAAGGAGAAGGAAAGCAGCAAAGCACCGGAAAGCAAGGAAAGCGGCGAGAAGGCAAGCGAUAAAAAAGAGGGCGAAGAGGAAAAGGAGAAAGAGGGUGAAAAGAAGGAGGAUGAGAAGAAGGAAGAGGCAAAAGUUGUUAGUUUCGAGCCCAAAGAGCUGCAAUUCACCCCAACCGGUGGAACGCUGAAGUUUACUGUGAGGAACAACACCGGAGAAAGACAAGCAAUCAAGAUCAAGUGCUCGGAUAAUGUAAUUUAUCGGGUGAAUCCAGUCUUUUCGUUCUUGGAACAAGGGGCAGAAGAGGCAAUCGAAGUUCUGAGGCAAUCUGGAACUCCAAAGAACGAUAAACUUGUGCUCGUGCAUACACCAGUAAGUUCAGAGCAUGCAUUACUGACAUUUAAAAGCCUGAGACUUUGGGCAACGCCUGAAGAAACAGACGCUCCACCGCUAUUCAAGAAGGCAAUUCCAUACCAGAACUAUAUCAUUCCACUGACAGUUACGAAGUGA